UUGUAUAGAUUCGUUGUGUAUUUCUCAGAUCUCAGAUUUUUUUUUUAUUUUUUUCUGUUUUAAUUUAUUUAGUAGUUAUUUCUGUGCAAUACUUGCCCAUGUACUUGUCGCUUUGUGGCAUGAAAAUCUUCAAUCUGGUUAUAUAACUUUGUGAUGUCAGUUCGAUGCCUCUCCCUCUGUUUCUAUGGGUGUUGACGACAAAUGCUAUCUGAAGGAAACAAAAGAAUUUAUUGAAUUUGGAAAGGUUCAUACCCCAGUGGGUAUUUGCGAGAAAUUCACAUGUCGUGAUGACUUUGUUAUCCGUGUUGAUCAUUGCCCCAAAUAUGCAGUACCAGAAGGGAGAGAAGUGAUACCAAUUGAUUUAACGCUACCUUUCCCAGAAUGUUGUGUGAAACUUAAGUAUGUAGACCAGGAAGGGAAUACGGUAAUAAGGAGCACAGCCUAGAAGAUGGAUUGGUUGAAAUGGUAUACAACAAAGGAACUUUUCAUGUAUAUGUUGCAAUAAAUAUGAUUUUCCCGU